CAACGGAUUUGCACAACAAUUUUGCUGGGGCUAUAAAAGCCUUUGGCUGAGCGCAGUUCGAGCAGCAAUUGAAACCCAAAUAUCAACAUGCACAAAUAUCUCUUCCUGAUUGUCGCCCUGCUGUUUGCCGUCAGCUCCGCCGUGGAUGACGAUGCCCACGCCAAGGCGAAGGAGGUGCAUAAGGAUGACGGCCACGGCAACUUUGCUUAUAGCUAUGACAUAACGAACGGCAUCGGCGCCCAGGAGGUUGGCGACGCUCAUAAUAAUGUCCAGGGCCAAUAUCACUUUACCUCCAAGGAGGGCGUGCCCAUUCAGGUGUCCUACACAGCCGACGAGAACGGAUAUCAUCCACAUGGCGACUCGCUGCCCACGCCGCCGCCCACACCCGAAGCCAUACUCAAGGCGCUGGCCUACAUCGAGGCGCAUCCGCCCAAGGAGGAGCAGAAGGUGCGCCCACGCCCGCAGCCAAAACACGGCAGACAUUAGGCAUUAGCCACUCGCCAUGUCGCUCUGUCCCACACACACACACACACACACACACACACACACACACUCAACGAUAUUUCAAUUGCAAUUGGUUGCGUCCUUUCAUCAGUUGGACAUAAAAAUAAAACUUUACGACGCAAGA